GGAACAAAAUCGUCCGUCGUCAUACCUCGUGCGUUUUCCGAUGAGGAAGUUCCGGAUCGAGCUCGUGAACAGGAAGCAUUAGCCGCGCUUUCGGCCGCUAAAAUAAGCAGACGUUCAGGGAACGCUAAAAAGGCAAAAUCGAUUAUUGAACAUGCCGUCGCAUUGGCUCCGCAUCAUCCCGACAUUCUAACGGAAUAUGGACUCUUCCAUGAAGUACUUACAUCAGAUCUUUGCUACGCGAGAGCUUUGACAUUUGAUCCACACCACACGGAGGCUCUUGUGAGCAGGAAACGGACGUUGCCUCUUGUCAGUGCUAUGGAUGCUAAGUUGCUACAGCGUAUUGACAAGUAUCGUGAUGAAUUUGCACGUUUACCGUUAACAUCAACGAUGAAGAGAGCAAUGCGAGAAAGCUAUUUUCUGCACAUUUAUCACACUGUAGCAAUUGAAGGGAAUACUCUGACAUUAGGGCAAACCCGGUCUAUACUGGAAUCUGGUGCUGCUGUUGCUGGAAAAAGCAUUCUUGAGCAUAACGAAGUAAUUGGUAUGGACGCGGCUCUCCGAUUCUUGAAUCAUUCUCUCCUUCUGAUGAAUGAAAUCACUGUAGAUGAUCUUCUAGAAAUGCACAGAAGAGUUCUUGGAAAUGCCAAUCCAAUCGAUGCGGGACGGAUCCGAACUACACAGGUGUUUGUUGGGCGGUUCACACCUGUAGCCCCUGAGUACGUAAGGGAGCAGCUGGAAGAGCUUGUCGAUUGGCUGAAUGAUCCAUCAACUACGGAAAUGAGUCCUGUAGAGAAAGCAGCCAUUGCACAUUAUAAACUUGUUGUUGUGCAUCCAUUUGUUGAUGGAAAUGGCAGAACAGCGCGUCUUUUGCUGAACUUGAUUUUGAUGCAAGCAGGUUUUCCGCCCGUGAUCUUACCGGUAGAAUCGCGAGCAGAGUACUAUGCAACUCUCCACACUGCUAACCUUGGAGAUCUACGCCCGUUUGUGCGAUACGUUGCACGACAUACGGAGAAUACCCUCAAGUUCUACAUCGGUUCAUCGGAGAUAUGUGUCGGAGGUAGUUGUACCGACCAUGAACUCAAUGGUGAAGAGUCCGAACGAAUACAACCAUAG